AUGAUUAAAUCAGUUAUCUGUUAUUUUUUUUUGUUAAUAUUUUAUGUAGUCAAGGGGGAAAAUGAUGGAACAUUAAAUAUAAUCACAAAAAAUAUUGACCUCAAUUCAUUACAGGGAACAUUUUACGAAAUAGUUACAAAUGCUACAGAUAAGAUUUUCCCAGGUUUAGCAUGUAGAUGUACGAAAUAUGAAUUUUCAGGUUUGAAAAGAGAAGAAAAAAAAGCAUAUUUAACAUUGAAUUUUUCUUGUAAUAGAAACUUUUUAUUUGGAGAACAAAAAUCAAAUAUGGCUUUUAAGUUAAUAUUAAAUAAACCUUUAGAUGAUAACGAAACAACUGUAGAGGAAUUCAUUGCAAGUCUAUUAUUAGUUCAAAAUAAUCAACAAAUAUUAUUAAGUAACCAUAUGAAAAUAAUAUAUGCUGAAUCAAAUGAUCAAAAUGAAUUAGAACAUAUAAUUAUUGGUGGAAAUAAAUCUAGUGAACCAAUGAUAAUUAUUUCUAAAUAUAGAACAAUAAAUUUAGAAACUUAUAACAGACUCAUAAAUUCUCUUUAUUUAUCUGGAUACCAAUCUGCUCUUUUAAAUUGGCCUUUUAUCAUUCAAACUGAUCAAACUCUUUGUGAUUAA